GAUUCAAGAACCAAAAGGUGUUCAUUUCAAGAAGUGGUUUCUGCAACAAUGUCAGGCCGUGGUAAGGGCGGAAAGGGGCUCGGAAAGGGAGGAGCAAAGCGUCAUCGGAAAGUUCUACGUGAUAACAUUCAGGGAAUCACVAAGCCGGCGAUCAGGAGGCUUGCGAGGAGAGGAGGAGUAAARAGAAUCAGCGGUCUDAUCUAUGAAGAAACCAGAGGUGUGUUGAAGAUCUUUUUGGAAAAYGUKAUUCGCGAUGCGGUUACUUACACCGAGCAUGCGCGGAGGAAGACCGUGACUGCAAUGGAUGUUGUGUACGCACUGAAGAGACAAGGCAGGACUCUUUAUGGAUUUGGYGGAUGAGAUCCUUAAUAGGUCCUUAUCGUUCUGUUGAAUUAUGCUAGGUUUUCUCUUCCGAUCAUCUUUUGUUUUCGUAGUUAUAUUCUACAUGAAAUUGUGGUUAUUGAUCUACGAAUUUCUGAUC